CAGCCCCGCGCCGCCGGCAGCAGAGCCAGGAGCCGGGGAGGAUGGGAGGAGGAGGAGGAGGAGGAUGGAGCCGGCUCGGCUCCGCCAAGAGAUCAGGGCAAAGUAUGAAUCGCUCAUCACCCGAAAUCAGAUAAAGACCGUCAGCUCAGCAACGACGCAGUUAGAAGAAGGCACAAGUAAAAGAAUGGACAAAGAUGCAGAAGCACUAAAGGCAGCCAGAGCAGAACUGUGCGAAGCCCGACGGCAGUGGCACCACAUGCAGAUCGAAAUCGAGUCUCUCCACGCUGUGGAAAAGGGUUUGGAACGUUCACUGCGGGCCACAGAGCAGCAGUACCACAUGCAGCUACAAAAUUUGGAAGGUGAGAUUGAAUGCUUGGAGAAAGAGUUGUUGGAAGUGAGAAAGGGAAUUGAGAAACAGCUUCGAGAGCACGAAAUUCUCCUGAACACGAGGAUGAAGCUGGAGGAGGAGAUAGCGACAUAUCGCAGUCUGUUGGAGCAAGAAGAGAGCAGGUUUUGCAGCUCAGUACCUGCCCAGAAGGAUGACAAAAAGCCCAGCACUAGCAAGAUCACCUUUACACUGCCUUCAGAGGGUGUAAAGAAGCACAAACCAAAGAAGGUGGAACUGAUGACAAAACAAGCAAUCCUAGAUGGAAAUAUCAUGAAGGAAAGUGCUGAAGCUCAUGGCACUGUACAGACAGAAAAAGUGGAUGAAGUUAUUAAGGAAUGGGAAGGUUCUUUCUUUAAGGACAACCCUCGCUUAAGGAAAAAAUCAGUUUCCUUGCGUUUUGAUCUCCACCUGGCAGCCACAGAGGACGGGUGUUUGCACACGAAAAAGAAAACUCUCCCUGACGUUGAAGUCAGGCUGGUGAUGAGGAGAUCCUGCAGCAUCCCAUCCAUCAAACCUUAACCUCAGCCAAUUCCCUCAAAGUGCAUCCACAAUGGGCUCCAAAAGUGAACUGUAGAUGGACUCCCAUGGCUGCUGCCUGCUACAACCACAACAUUUUACCAAGCACUUGGAUCAACACAAUAAAACCAUAGAAGUCCUUUAAAAGAAAGGGUGAAGAGCAAGGAGGUUCCAAUUCCAAGAAACCCAACUUUUACUGGUUUUAUACUCUGGGUACAGCCCUUUAAUUUUCGCAUUGUUGUUGUUUUGUAGAAUUUCACCAAAUAUUACAAAAAUUAAACUAGAACUUUAUAGUUUGACAUAUUCUGCCUUUGUAAAAGAGAACUUGUUUUCUCUUUCCAAAAAUGAGAAAUGCCUAUUUGCUUCUCUUAAUUAUUCAGUAUUCCAUUCAUAUAAUGACUGAUGAAUUCUUGCAAUAAUUUAUAUCACAGCUGCCAUACUUCUAGAAAGACAUUUUAAAAUAAUACUUUCUAACAGCAAAAAUUACAUACAAAAAUACUCUUAAAAUACAUAAACUACUAUGAGUUUUCUUUUAAAAGUGGCUACUAUUUUUAAAUUCCUUUUUUCAGGCAAUGACUGAGCAAAAAUGUCUUUCCUCUACAUCCUUACACAUCCAUUUUAAAAGUGUUGUUACAAUCCAGUAUUUUAGCCAUAUUUUUCAACUCAUUUUGAAGCACUAAUUUCCCCUGAAAAAUCAUUUUCUUAUGUGUCCACACACACCUGUACUACAAGUCUCUUAGCCAAGGCAAAUGAAAUUACUCCCUAAUUGUUCAAAUGGGAGGAGUCAAACAAUGCUGGCAUUCUAUUAAUUUUGUUAAUUAUAACAAUGUGCAUUAAAAUAUCGUCAACAAAUUCCUCUUCUGACAAACACUACAGGUAAGUGAUGCUGUUGAUCUAGUCCAUCUGACAAGUCACUGUUAUGCAAAGGGUACAACUGUUACUACUUCAAAUUAACUGGGCAAAAUAAGGGCUACAAAUUCAAAAUACAAUUCAACAAGACCCCUUAAGCACUCCCCACUCCUACCCAAAGUAGCUGUGGGCAAACACAAAUCCCAAGAGAAACCCUGCACCAGUACACAGAGGAACAGCCAUCCUUCUUUAAAACCUUACAGGACAAGUUUCAAACAAAGACUUAAACAAGAUUGUAUGAAGACAAGAAUUAUUGUUUGUGAGGAUUCAGAAGAGGAUAGAUGUCACAGCUCCCACUGGAACACUGGGAUUGCUGGGGCUCAGAGUCUGGAAAACCUACGCACAGGAUUUGCUGGAUUACAGCAGCAUGUAAAGGAUUGAUUCCAGUGUCAGUAUCUGCCUUAUUACUUAUGGCAUGUGGACAAAAGUGAUACUGCAGAUUCUCUCAGAGUUAAUUUAUGCUUCUAUCCUUUGUUCAUGGCAAGAACAAUGCAUCGAUAUUGUCCCAUCCUGUCUGUACUGUAUCAAACUCGCUAAUUAUCCGUAACCUGAAUCAUGAGCUGAUGUUACCACUUGAGUACUUGGCAUCCUGAAUGUAUCAGCCUGCUCCAGUAUUUUCACUAUGCAGCUUUUUUUUGUGCUUAGACUCUGUACAUUUUACAAUACUUGAAUUUAAACUAAGUUUUAAUUGCUUUAAGGCACUUUAAACAGGGAUACGGAUUUACCAAAGUAAAUGAUAGUAACACAAUAAAUAAAAAUAUUAAAAUGGAGUUUGUCCAUGCAUAUUUUGUGUGUGUCAAUAUCUUCCCCUUAAGUGGAAAGGAGCAAAAGAGAAAUGCAAAAUAAAAGUUGCAGAUAGG